GUGAUACUCAUCAUCUCUCCCCUGUAGAGUGUAAAGAGUAUAGAAAAGACUCGAAAAAUUGAAAGAAAGAAGAAUCAGCAUCAUCAGAAGAAAGAUAUUAGUUCUCUGAAGCAAAUGGUCCUGAUGAUUAUAAAGGGAUUAUUUAGGAGGUAUGAGAGAUGGAAUCCAGUUCAUCCAACUACUGGAGCAUUUUGGGGCAUGGGAUUAGGGAUUGGAUGUGGUGUUGGUUGGGGUCCUGGUUUUGGUCCUGAGGUUAUUGGAUAUGUUGGUGCUGGCUGUGGUGUUGGGUUUAGUGUUGGUAUCACUUUUGCUGGUGUUGGCAUUGGUCUUCCUGCUAAUUUCCUUCUCAAAUCUCCGUAUAAAGCUCUUGCGGCAACCACGGGGCUCGUCAGAUCAAAUACUCUUCCUGCCAUGAGGAACAUGACGGUGGAUGGUUGGAACCAUAUUCAACCACAAAUAUCUGGUUUCCAAAGAGACAUUAGCGGAAGAAUGUAUGGAUUCAAUCAUCAAGCUAGGUCUAUUUUGGAAUUUCUGGGCGUUCAGAAAGCAUUCCUUACCUGCAAAUAAAGCUCUUGUGGCAACACUGGGGCUUGUGAGAUCAAAUACUCUUCCUGCCAUGAGGAAUAUGACAGUGGAUGGUUGGAAUCAAAUUCAACCACAGAUUUCUGGUUUUCAAAGAGACAUGACCCAAAGGCUGUAUGGAUUGAACCAUCAGGAUUCCACAAGCCGAGAUUUUGGUUUAACUGAGAUGAGAAAGACGAUGAUCUGUCAAGCUAGGUCUGUCUUAGAAUGUCUGGGAGCAUUCUGAAAAUGUUGCUUACCACCUGUUCAUAAAGGUACAUGUGGAAUGAAAGUUAGUCUUUAGGUUAUGUCAAGAAUUUAAUUACUCUGUCGUCUGUCACCAAUUGACUCACAGUGUAUCUGAAAACCCGAUUGUUGUUGUAGGUUUUCUCACUACAUUCAGUAAUUAAACAUCCAGAAACACAUUCUUGUAACAUUGUUAUCUAUGUAAAUGACUCCUUGUUUUAUA